CUUUCCGUGCGCUAUGGGGCCGGUCCUGGGGGGCCAGUGUCUGCCGCGAGGCCCCCGCGUGGUCUGGCCAGAGGUGUUCCCCUGGUUGACAGGAUCUGGGGGCCCGGGAGCAGAGCCAAUGAGCAGCUCCCUGGCAGGGCCCGACUGCUGCGGAGGCCUGGACAAUAUCGAGUUCAGGAAGGCAGACCUCUGCGUUAUGACCUGGCUGCUGGGCUACGUGGACCCCUCAGACCCCUGCUUCGUGGCUGCUGUCUUCACCAUCAUUUUCAACCCGCUCUUCUGGAAUGUGGUUGCAAGAUGGGAACAGAAAACCCGAAAGCUGAGCCAAGCCAUGGGCUCCCCCUACCUGGCCUGCUACGUGCUAGGUGGGGUCAUCUUGCUCCUAAACGUCCUGCGCUCACACUGCUUCACCCAGGCCAUGCUGAGCCAGCCCAGGAUGGACAGCCUGGACAGCCCCGUGGCCCUCCUGGCAGGCCUGCUGCUCCUGGGUGUUGGCAGCGUGCUGGUGCUCUCCAGCUUCUUUGCGCUGGGCUUCACUGGGACCUUCCUAGGUGAUUACUUCGGGAUCCUCAAGGAGUCCAGAGUGACCACAUUCCCAUUUAGCAUCCUGGACAACCCCAUGUACUGGGGCAGCACGGCCAACUACCUGGGCUGGGCCGUUGUGCACGCCAGCCCUGCCGGCCUGCUGCUGACGGCAGUUGUGGCCCUCACCUAUGUGGUCGCCAUCCUGUAUGAGGAGCCCUUCACCGCUGAGAUCUACCGGCAGAAAGCUUCCCAGCCUGACAAGAGGAGCUGACCAGGCCAUACUAAGGGUCUGCUCCUCCUGGCUGGCCUGUCCACCCACAUGCCUAGUCCAGGAGGGCGCAGUGCCCGGCCACUGCUCAGUGCCUGCCUGGCCAGGGCCACCCCAGUGCCUUGGGAACUGCUGCCUUGGGGACCGUGGACAUGCUGCUGGGUGGCCACUGAGCCCCUGCCCUGCUGCCCCCUCCAUGUUUUAAUGCACCAAUAAAGAUCCCCCUACCCCA